AUGGCGAGCUCAAACGACAACCUGCCGCCUGAGUUCGCGCAGAGGGCCCAGCAAGGCGGCAUCGUCGUCACAGACAUCCCAAAGCUUGACUUGGAAUCCUACAUACAGAACUACAAAGGCCGUACCAGGCUCGACAGACUACUCACGAUCGCGCGAACGUCAACCGUCCUCAGCGUCGAUGCGUUGAAGCUCGUCAUCCACGAGGUGACAUCUAGAGGAAGAGACGUUCAGACUUACAGGGACGCUUAUGAGCUUUUGCGACUGCUUGGGCCAGACGAGCCGGAGGCCAAGUAUGACAACGUGUGGGCCAACGAGACGGACAAGGCGAACCGAGCAGAAACACAUCAUCUCGAGGCUGAGCUGAAGAAAUACAAAAACAAUCUUGUCAAGGAGUCCAUUAGGAUGGGCAACGAGGACCUCGGAAAGCACUUUGAGAAGAUCGGCGAGCUGACCCUGGCAUACGACGCUUAUUCCAAGUGCCGCGCCGACGUCAGCACGGCAAAGCACAUUAUUGAGGUGGGAAUGCACCUUGCCCGCCUGUCCUUCUACCGCCGCGACUGGUCAGCUGUUACGACCAACGUGAACAAGAUGAGCGGCUUGCAGGCCGAGGGCACCACCGACAAGAGUCAACAGACGAUAUGCCAUAUCUUGUAUGGAAUUGCCCACCUUGGUCAGGGAAAGUACCCAGAGGCGGCGCGGAGCUUUCUGCAGGUUGAUCCAGCCGUAAGCCCUGCCCAGUACGACGAGUUCGCCAGUCCCAACGACAUCGCAGUCUAUGGAGGUCUGCUGGCACUAGCCACUAUGAGCCGACCAGAGCUCAGCGGAGUCCUGGACAACUCGAGCUUCCGCACGUACCUCGAGCUCGAGCCCCAUAUUCGAAGGGCCAUCUCUCAGUUCGUCAACGGCAGAUACUCGGCCUGCUUGUCCAUCCUCGAGUCUUACCACUCAGACUAUCUCCUCGACAUCAACCUGCAGCCUCAUCUUAAGCAUCUGUACACUGUGAUCCGUGGCAAGUGUAUCUUCCACUUUGUGCAGCCCUUCUCUUGCGUCACGAUCGACAAUUUGAACGCUGCGUUUUCUCCACCUGGAGGAUCGAUUGACCGAGAGCUGGUGGAUAUGAUUGGGAAUGGCACUUUGGAUGCUCGCAUUGACGCUAUCGACAGGGUUGUGACUAUCACCUCUCCAAAUCCUCGUGCGAAGAUGCAGGCGGCGGCUCUGGCUGCUGCAAAGAACUACGAGAAGGAGGCUCUGGAUCGCAUCCGGCGAAUAGGCAUCGUGUCUGCAGAUCUUGAGGUCAAGGGAAAGCACAAGAACCAGGGCUCGGCUGGUGUUGGGGCCUUGCAGGGCACUGGCCCAAGAUGGGGAGAUGGUCCGAAUGAGGGUGGACUGGGUGACUACCCUGAUACCCAGAUUCUUGGAGGAUCCUCGAUCGCGAUCAGCGAUUUGAUUUCAUGA